CCAAUGAGAUUUGGUCUGGUGUUAGCCAGGCUACAUCACAAGUCAAGUCACUCAUAACUUUCACUUUCACUACUCAUCGAUUUCUCUAUUUACAUGAUGAGCUACAGUGGUUGGCUUAGUUACCACUCACUCAUAUUUGACCGUGUGCCAUUGGCUGAAAGUCUGAGAUGUGGGCGGGACUAAUAUUCGUGGACGUGUCGGUUCCGACAGGAGAACUAAAGGAAGGAAAGGAUCUCUAAUCUAACGAUGGCUGCAGUCACAAAGAAACUACUGAUAGUUGGUGAUCCAGUAUGUGGCAAGACCUGCCUCCUCAUCGUGUUCAGCAAAGACUGGUUCUCUGAGGUUUUCGUGCCCAAAGUGUUUGAAAAUUAUGUGGCAGAUAUUGAGGUGGAUGGUAAACAGGUGGAGUUAGCUCUUUGGGACACAUCGGAUUUGGAGGAUUAUGUCAGACUGAGGCCUUUGUACUACCGAGACACAGAUGUCAUCCUCAUGUGUUUCUCCAUCGACAGACCAGAUAGUUUGGAGAAUAUUCCAGAGAAGUGGAUUCCUGAGGUCAAGCGCUUCUGUCCCAACGUGCCCAUUAUUCUAGUGGGAACAAAGAAAGACCUGCGAAAUGAUGAGCACACUCGCCGAAAGUUGGCCAAGAUGAAGCAGGAACCAGUGAAGUCUGACGAGGCGAGGGACAUGGCCAACCGGAUAAACGCCUUCGGGUACUUGGAGUGUUCAGCCAAGACGAAGGACGGAGUGAAGGAGGUGUUUGAGAUGGCCGCCAGGGCGGCGCUGCAGCACAAGAAGGGAGGGAGCGUCUGCCUCCUGCUAUAGGGGUCAGAGGUCAGAGGAGGAGGAGGAGGAGGAGGAGGAGGAGGAGGAGGAGAAACAAACCAACGAACCAACAAACCCAGCACCACUGAAUAGGUUUUGGAGGGACGAGCCAGAAAAGUUAAAGUGCAAUUAAAAAAGGGAGUUUAUACAUUUAUGCAGUGGUGGAAAGUAACUAAGUAUAUUUACUCAAGUGCUGUACUUCAGAACAAUUUUGAGGUACUUGUACUUUACUUAAGUAUUGUGAAUGUUAAGUGAUUAGACAUGUUUUAAUUAAACCACAUAACAGUAUAUUAAGAAGUUAAAAUGUGCCCUGUCUUUGCACUGCAAAAAAGGUGUUUAAAAACCAGAUCAAACAGUAAAUCUGAGGGAAAUGAUCUUGCUGCAUGGACAGAUAAUUUACCUUAACAAGAUUUAUUAAAUUAAGAUUAUUAAAUCUAGAAAUAAGCAUGUUGAACACUUAAAAUAAUAAAUGAACUCUUAAAACAAGAUAAAUUAAACCCGAGCAGAGUGACCUGAUGAUUAUUUGGUUCUUACCAAGAUAAAAAUAACUUUAUAUUUAGAAGUGUUAGAUCAUUUAUCUGGUUUUAAGAGCGUCCAACAUUAAAGCACUUACAUUAAUGCAUCAAUGCAAAUAAUCAUAAAAUGAUAUAUUUAGAAUAUAUAAAACAAUCUAAGUGGGUCCAUUCUGCAUCACGAGUACUUUUACUUGUCAUGCUGUCUGAAAUACUCAAACACUGAUUUUUUUGUUUUGUUUUAUUUACAGUACUGAUUUGUUUACUGUAAGAAUAAAAACAGUUAAACUUUGUGAUUUUUAAUGGUACUGUGUACGGCAAUACGACACAGUAAACAAUGCUGUUAAUUUGAUAAUAAUUUAAUCAUUACUCUUAUAUAAAGAACUAGUAAUUGCAAGUAAUUACGCUAUACGCUAAAGACAAUAAUAUUAAUUUAAUUAAGUUAAUUAUUUAAACAGCAUUUGUAUCGGACUAAUUCUGAUCAAAAUUAUGAUAAAAAUGUAAAAAUACAGUCGUCUACUUUACUUUUCAUACUGUCUACUGUGUUUUUUCUACAGUAAAGAUUUAACUACUGUGAUUUUUAUUUUUCCUUUUAAUGUUAAUGAUUGUUCUGUAUUAGUGAUGAUGUUAAGUUUGGACUAAUACUGAAGGUGUCUCUGGGUUACUGUGACAGCUUUUCUUUCUAUUUUCAUCAUUUUUAAAAACAAUCACUCAAUUAUUGGAGAAAAUAAUUCUUAUUAAUAGUUCAAAAUGAGCUCCACUUCACCCAACUACUAAAGUAAAAUCCUCCUUUUACAUAAAUGCACCAGUAGUAGUAGUAAUAAUAAUAAUAAUAUUAAUAAUAAUAAUCCAUCAGUAUAAUAUAUAAAGCAGUUAAACAUUGACAUGUUUCUGAUUUGAGUACUUUACUUUAAUACUUUAAGUAUUACUUUAUGGUCAUGUAAUAAUAAUAAUAACACUGAAUUAUUACUUUGAUACUGUUCUUUUGUGGUGGAUUUUAAUAUUACAAACAAAAUAGAAAAGAAACUGUUGAAAAUAAUACUUAUUAAUAGUUCAACAUGAGCUCCACUUCACCAAACUACAGAAGUAAAAUCCUCCUUUUACAUUAAUGCACCAGAAGUAAUAAUAACUAGAAAAUUUCCUCUGGGAAAAAAAUAGAAUAUUGUGAAAAAGUUGAAUUUUGGAGUCCACAGUUGGUAUUUUUCUGUCUCUUUUGGUAAAUUUAUGUCUCUUUUUGGUCAUUUUGUGUCUUUUUUUUGGUCAUUUUUGUGUCUUUUUUGGUCAUUUUUGCAUCUAUUUGACGUGCUUUUUCACUAAGACAACGACAAAACAAAUAUGCAUAUUUUAUCUAUGUGACGAAGAUUUGAAAAGGGGAAUAAACCAUUUGCGCUUUUAUUUUGUAAAUGACAACUUCCGGUCGCAGAAUAUGAAAUAAUGGGCAUUUUUUCGAUUUAAAUUCUUGUUGUUAUAACUAGAAAAUGAAAAUGAAAUACAUUUUAUCUAUCCAUUGAUCCCUUUCUGACCCUGAUGAAGUAAAAAGCUGUAUUGUAUUUUUAAUUUUAGUGUUUUAUUUUGAAUCUAAAAUCAAAUAACCACUGUAUUUUGUUUUUUAAAUAUAAUUUUGUGAAUGACAAAUCCAAUGACCAAAAGAUACACAGACCCACAACUUCCAUUUAAAGUGUUGUUUUGGGUAUUAAACUAAAACUAAUUUCUUUUUUCUUAUACAUUUAUUUUGGAAUAUUGACAGGAAGUCUAAACAUUUAACUUCCGGUGUGCCUUGCCACUAUAGACCUAGCAGAUUAAGUACACUGUAAAAAAAACCCAAAAAACCCUUACAGUAUAUUUAUGUUAGAGAUAUAGUGUUUAGUACAUUUAACAGUGAGGAAAAGUGUUUUUAUAAAAAAUAAAUGCAAAAAUUACAGUGAUGGCUUGUAUAUGUAAAGCCCUGUAAAAGCCCUUUUGGGUUAUAUAAAUAAAAAAUGGACUUGAAUUGACUAUUAUGCUGUAAAAAAUCCUCUUUCGGCUGACAUAGACAAUUACAGUGUUUCAUUGUAACUGAAACUGAAUUAACUCAUUUAUCAUUUUACGUCUUUUACUGUCAUGGUUUAACAGUUUUUCACCCUAAAAUCUACAGACAUUUUUUUAUUUAUAUGUGAUAUAUGUGUUCAAAUACCAAUCACAAGUAGCCUGGGUAUACCCAGACUGCCUUGCGCGCUCGAAUUUAAUUUCGAACCUCCAGGCAGUCUGGCAACCAGGAAGCAUUCCUAGCCCUGUUUUAGGAUCCAAUCACAGAGCGGGGAGGGACGGUGAGACGAUGACGCGUACUACUCGGCACUUGGAAGCUUGUAGUUUUCCGGAUCCAACAUGGCUGCUGCAGAUGCGAAACUCUCUUUAGCUGCAGACGGUGUUUUAAAUAGUUUAGAGCGAAAGGUCUCUCGGCGGCUCCGCUGUCCC